GGAAAAAGGGGAGCUUCUCUGCGCAUGUCACAAGAUAGUAGCUGCUAUUAAAACAUCGCAGAAGAGCGAAAGCAGGACGCUAAUAAGUCACUGUUACUCUUUGCUUUCUAUCGUGUACAUAUUUAUGUAAUAUAAAUGACAUCGUUAAUUGUUCGUGUCAGGAGGAUAAACUGAGGGUAAACUCCUCAGUGCGCGAGAAGUUUCUCGGGCUAGCUUAGCAAGCUAGCUGCUAACAAAGAGGCGGGAGUUGUCAAAGCUUCGCUCAACAUAGAUCAAGUGUGGCUGAAAAGCGCUGUGAUUGUGUGGAAAUGUGUGACGUACAAAUGCUGAGAGCGGUGGUGAAUCAGCGUUUAACUGCGGCUGUUGACGAAAUAUUUGUAUCAUUCGAAAGAACGAUAGCGUGGUACGAGGAGGAACUUUCUCGAACAAAAGCGGAGAACGAGCGACAACGUCAACAACUUUACGCUGUUGACAAGAAGCAUCAAGCUGUGUCACACAGAGCAGACGUCAGUGAAGAACAUCUUCAGCACAAGGAGCCUCAGCCUCUCCACAUCAAAAAGGAGGAAGAGGAGGAUCACAUAAUCAGUCUGGAAGGAGAGCAUCUUGAAGGACUGGCGGAGGUUCCUGUGAUUGGUGUCCCUGUGAAGAGGGAAGAUGACGACAAAGGUCAAAGUGAGGAGAAGAGAGAGGCGGAGCCUCCAAGCAGCAGCUCAACUCAACACAUGACAAUAGACGCAGACUGUGGAGGAUCACAAGCAGACAACCUCUUAGCUCCACUAUCAGAUAGUGACGACACAACGUCACACACACAAAUGAAUGAUAAAGGCUCUAAAGCGGGUAAGACAUAUCUCACUCACAUCAGACGCUUCAAAUGUUCUGACUGUGACAAAGCUUUUUAUGACCGUUAUGGUCUGAAAAGACACAUGAGAACGCACACAGGUGAAAAACCAUUCGUGUGCUCCAUUUGUGGUAAAGGAGUCUGUUCAAAGGCGAAUUUGAAAGCACACACAAGAAUACACACAGGAGAGAAACAUUUUUCCUGUUCGGUGUGUGGUAAAGGUUUUAUACAUAAUCAAGCUUUGAAAGCACACGUAAGAACGCACAGUGGCGAGAAACCCUUUUCCUGUUCGGUCUGUGGUAAAGAAUUUGGAGAAAGUCAAGCUUUGAAAAUACACACGAGAACGCACACGGACGACAAACCAUUCAUGUGCUCAUUUUGCGGUAAAAGAUUUUGUCAAAAGGUCAAUUUGACAGUUCACACAAGGACUCACACCGGAGAGAAACCUUUUUCCUGUUCAGUGUGCGGUAAAUGUUUUGUACGAAAACAACAGUUGACGUUACACACAAGAGUACACACUGGCGAGAAACCUUUCACAUGCCCAGUGUGCUGUAUGGGUUUUGCGCAAAAACAAUAUUUGAAAAUACACAAAAGUAUCCACACGAGAGAGAAAGUGUUGAAAUGCGGUGUGUGUGAGGAAAGAUUCUCUUACAAGUACCAGCUUAACACCCACAAGUGUGCUGGUAGAACAGCAGCAGCAAAUGAAGCUGCUGGACUUUAAAUAAACUGUCAAGACUUUGAUAAUACCAGUCCAGGGUGUAACCCACCUCUCGCCCAAAGUCAGCUGGGAUAGGCCCCAGCAUACCCGCAACCCUAAUGAGGAUAAGCGGCAUAGAAGAUGGAUGGAUUUUGACUUCCUAUGUUGCGUGUGUAACAUUCUUUUUUAAUAAAUGUCUAACAU